UUCAGCCAUAGCUCCUCUUUUAAUAAACUUCUCCUCUCUGAGGCACUUGAGCAACUUGAGUGGAAGCCAGACUUGUAUAAACGCAGCUGAUGUCUGAGGGCUGAGAGGGGGAAAGAGGCGCCCAACCCAUUUCUUUUGUGCUGAAGCGCCUGUGAUUUCAUUGAGCUUUUCCCGGGCUGCUACUAUAAUGGGCUCCCUCGCUUUCAGUCGCUCUUGUAUCCGCGACUUGUUUUCGGCUGGUUAAACUAGAGCAAUCUUUUUAGUUGGCAGUAGUUUUGAAGCUUGGGGGCCUGGAGAAGAAAUUCCUCGCCGAGCAUCCGGACGGGUCCCAAUGAAAAUGCACGGGAGAAACAGGUACAACCUGGUGGACGAUGUGGCGGAUUCGCGGGUCCCGCUUCACAACGAGGAAGCGUAUCAACACGGAAUACACUUCCAAGCCAAGUAUGUUGGCAGUCUGGAUGUCCCAAGACCCAACAGUCGCAUGGAGAUUGUCGCUGCUAUGAGAAGAAUCAGGUAUGAGUUCAAAGCAAAGAGUGUGAAGAAGAAGAAAGUGAGCAUCGUGGUCUCAGUUGAAGGCGUCAGAGUGGCGCUCCGCAAGAAACCCAAGAGGAAAGAGUGGACGUGGGAUGAGAGCAAGAUGCUGGUUAUGCAAGACCCCAUAUACAGGAUCUUCUAUGUAUCGCAUGAUUCUCAGGAUCUGAAGAUUUUCAGCUACAUUGCUCGUGAUGGAUCCAGCAACUCUUUCAGAUGCAAUGUGUUCAAGUCCAAAAAGAAGAGUCAGGCCAUGCGAAUUGUGCGGACGGUCGGUCAGGCGUUUGAGGUUUGCCAUAAGCUGAGUCUGCAGCACGCUGAGCUGAAUGCAGAUGAGCAGCCAGACGGUCCUGCAGACGGCCAGAGCGAUCAGUCUGGAGAAGAGCCCAGUCCUGAAGGUCGUCAGCUGACAGGGAUGGAGCACAGAACAGAUGAUGUCACUGGAACCAAUUCUCAUCCCACAAAGCUCAGUGAGCAGGCGAUGGAUGACAUUCUUCAAAGCCUGUCAGAGCUCAACAUGGUGAAGCCUGGGCAAACCAUACAGUCUUUACAGGAGGUGGAGGGCGUCUCUCUCUACACUUUAUGUCCCAGCAGCCCCUGCUCUCCAUCGCUCACACCGCUGGCCACCAAACACCACCUACAACUUCUCCAACAACAGCUUCUACAACAGCAGCAGCAAACACAAAUCGCCGUAGCACAGGUGCAGCUCUUGAAGGAUCAGCUGUCUGCAGAGACGGCGGCUCGCAUGGAGGCACAGGCCAGAACACACCAGCUGCUGCUACAGAACCGAGACCUGCUGCAGCACACAGCCCUGCUGGUCAAACACCUUAGCCAACUGGAGAUCAGAGCUGCUGGAGACACGCAGAAAGAGGAUUCACCAUGGAGUAGUUUGCCCACUCGUUCUCUGUCUCUGAACCUGAAGAAUCUGUACGCUCCUCGCUCAGAUCAGCCCAUCACCUCCACCCCAGCAGGACCAGCAGAACCUCCUCCUGUCUCCUCCUCUAACGCUGAGUCUUACCUCAAUCUGCUGAACCUGAACCUGCGAGCCGCUCACACCGUUCCAGAUAGUGGCAGACCUGCCAGUGCCAGAAGUGAAGCAGGACUGGAUGCAACACAAAGGGAAGUGGCUAAGCUGGAAACUCGGAAUUCAACUGCACUUGAUGAAAGGUAUUCACAAAUCAUCCCUAAACUGGACCCGCCACCUCAGCCCCUGAACCGCAAACGUUCAAACAGGACUCUCUCUCCAGGUGUGGAAGCCGAGUCCAGAAAUUCGACUAUAGCCACAGCUGUAAAUGGAAACAUUCUCCCAAAUGUCAGCGCUAGCUCCUCAUUUCCUGAUAUCACCCUGUGCUCACUUUCACCUGGGGAUUUCUAUUCUCACACCAAUGGCACCAGCGUGUCAUGUUCAGCUAGUGAGGAUUCUGGCGUUCGUUCGGAUGACAAAUCCCUCAUAUCCCCCCAAUCCAGAGACGAUGACCAGAGCUCUGCAUUUAUCUCCACAUCCAGCACAUGCAGCAGCUUACCUGAGGAUCAUCCAGCUGCAGAUGGAGGAAGUCCACCGCAUUCGAUCACACCUGAGCAAACCGUCCCAUUCUCCUCACCGGUCAAUGACACCUGCCUUCAUAUAAGCCUAAGUGAAGAUGAGUUUCUGGAGGACGCCAGCAAUAAUGUCAACACCCCAUGCAGGAGUUGAAAUCCUACUCAAAACAGAAGAGAAGUUGCAACAACAAUGAUACCUGUGUUAGUUCUUAUAGGUAGUCUUUCACAUGUUGUUUUGAUCCAUCACUCCACUUUUGUAUGCUAAUAGGAUGCCUGUCUUAACUACAGUGCCCUCAAAUGAAUUUAUCUCUAAGAAGUUAUGAUGAAGAAGAUGUGGAUACAGAGUAGACUACUGUUGACAGAUGGAUAUAGUGUAUUUUUGUAGAUGAGUAGUUAUAGCAGUGAAUGAAGUGCAUUGGCUACUGCUACGUUGAUAGGAACCGCUUCUGUUAGUGUUUUUUUUUUGUUUGUUUUUUACUUUACUAAGUUCAGAUCCAAAUUUUGUACUAGCGCAAAUGGAUUUAUAUAUUAUUUGAAUUGUUUAUGGAUGCUAAAGAGCAGUUAUGUAGCAGGUACAGUAUUUUAGACUGGUGAAAAGUAUGUACAGAUGCUGUAGAAACAUGAAAAAUUGGGUUAACUGUUUUUAUUAUUGUUUGUUUAGCAGGAAUCCACAUUUAGAUUCAUGCUGUAAGAUGUGGAAUUGAAUAGGGACAUGAUUAUAUGUCUAGACACCUUGAAAGGCCAAACAUCCUCCCUUAUUCCAAUCAAGGUAGAAUAAGGGAAGGUAAUUAUCACUUUUUCCUGGUGGAAAGACUGCAAGGAUAAAAACAGGCAGAGGUGUUGCAGUAAUAGAUGCAAUAGAUGCAAUAAUUUACACAUCCUAUGAAUGUGUAGUCACUACAAAGAAUCACUGGUUGUCUCAGUUAAGCAGAGUCAUCUGGUCUCACAAUGAUCUCUUCUUGGAAUAAACCAUCAGAUCAUCUGCUAAGGUGGACAUUUAAGGUGGACAUUUGCACGACAACGUUUUCAACCCAAAACUCUAAACUUUUAAUGCAUUUUUGGACUCAAAGUAAAGUUUAUUUCUAAACUAAUAUCAUGAGGAUCAUGUGCUUAUGAUUGACCACGGCUGGUCCCGCAUUAGCACAUGAUUCACUAAUCAAACCAUUCUUAACUCACUAUAAAUAACCAAAGUUUCAUACUUCAGUUAUCUUUGCCUAGAACAGGCAUGUCCAAACUCGUUCCUAGAGGGCCAGAGUCCUGCAAAGUUUAGUUCCUACCCCAAUCUGACACAGCUGGGCUAGCUAAUUAAGCUCUUAAGCUGCAGUCACACUGGACUUUUCUCCCCAUAGACUUCUAUUCUUACGCACGCAAAUGCGUCAGACCUGAAACGCAAGGUCAUGCAUCAAGUUUCGCAAGUCGCUGCGAUGCAAAGUUCAAGCUUGGUGAACUCCGACAUGCGAAAUCUCAUCACUUGACUGCGUGAGACCAAUCAAGGAUCAAAACAUGACCUCUCUGGACAGAAAUUUGAACAUGUAGCAAUCGCUCGCUUUUUUAAUGUCUAAUCAUCUUGUUUAAUCCCGUCCCUUUUCGCAGUGCCGAAUGACAGAAUUUCGCAUUAUCAAACUCUAGUGCUUUACAAAGCUUUCUAGAAACAUCCUUGCAGGUGUGUUGAGGCAAGUUGGAGCUAAAAUCUGCAGGACACCGGCCCUCCAGCACAAACACCCCUGGACACCCCUGGCCUUGAAGAAUCCCCCCCUUCCACCCCUACUCCUCCUCCUUUUCCUUGAUAGGGCUGCAUGGUAGCCUAGUAUUUAGCACUGUUGCCUCACAGCAAGAAUGACACUGGUUCAAGUCCUUACCUGGCCAGUUGACAUUUCUGUGUGGAAUUUAGAUGUUCUCCUCGUGCUCGUGUGGGUUUCCUCCCACCGUCUAAAGACAUGCGACAUAAGUGAAUUGACUAAACCAAAAUUGGCACCACAGAUGAGCUCUUAGCCAGCAGUAUAUCUCUCCAAAGCAACCCCUAUUUGUCUUGAGCCCUAAACAGCAGGGGAAUUCUCGAGAUCUGCCUGAGCUCAAACUCCCCUCUCGGUCUCUGAAAGCAUGCCAAAAACGCUUUACAAUCAGUCAUCAGCUAAGUGUGAACUCUUGAAAUGCGUUAAUCUGAAAACAGGUUAUGAAGUGGACGGUUUUGAAAACACUGCGGUUGUUGUGUCCAUGUAAAUACACAAAACCAAGAGUCUUUGAAAAGUAUGAGAUCAUGCUCAUGCAUGGUACAUGUUUAGCAAGGUGUAGAUGAAAGCCAAAAGCAAAUGAGCACACAGUGGCGGAGUAUAUGGUAGUGUUGCUGUUGCUCAAGUUUCCUAAUGCUUCCUCAGCAAGUGUGUAUUUACUUCUUAUUAAAACCAACAUCUUACACUCAUGACAAAUUCUACAUAGACACAAGCGCUUAACUGCACAUCGUCAGUUGCUUACUGGUACUGUUUACUAACAAGGUCACAGUGCCAAAUAUUUGACUGGCAAAUGUAAUACAGCAUUUUUGCAGACGUGUAAAUGCUGAUUGUUUUAAAAAUGUUGUCAUGUAAAUGUGAAACUUUUUUCAAAACACAACCCAGCAGGUACACAAUGUCAUAAGUGGUUAAUAUUAGGUUAGAUCAGGUGACUAAAACUCAAUGUCUAGCCAGCAUCUAAGGACAACGGUAUUUUGAUGGUAAAUGACAUUGAUAAUUGGUUGAUUUUAGGUUGUGUUGGACCAAAAUCCAACCUCAUAUUGACGUCAGAUACUGACAUUUAUUCAUCAGGUAUGGCAACCAAAAUCCAACGUCUGAUAAACGUCAUAGUGGUAACGUCCACACAACAUCAAGCUGUAACAUCAUUAGACAUUGAUAUUUGGUUGUUUUUUGAUUGGACGUUGGACAUUGACGUUGGCCUGAUGUUGGGUUCUGAUGUCAACCUGAUUUUCAUUUCCAAACAAAAUGCAACGCAUCCACGAUGUUGGGGUACAACGUCAAUCUGGCAUCAUGUUGACGUCCUGUGCCUGCUGGGAAAGGAUUUAUUUUUCUAUUUUGGCUGUGUAGUUGUCAUAUAAACUGCGCCUUCAUAUUAAAAACAGAUCUAAGAGAUUCUAAUCAUUCCCACUUGUUGAGUCAGUUCUAAACUCUGAAUGCUUUUCAUUCAUUUUGAAGGAUCACAUAUAAUUUGAAUAAGUAUUUGAAAAUAUAUAUUGCCUCCAGAUCAGCAUUAUUUUAAACAAACUGGAAAGACUUCUAUGACCUAAAACUGUGAAGUGAGUGUGCCGCUUAAUGAGAAACAAAGCUGUGGAUGUGUGGAUCACACAAAACUAUAAUGUAUCAGGGAGAAUAAUAAUGAAAAGGGGCAGAUUAGAGGGUGGUUGGACAGAAGGACGAACAGGAGGGAUUUGUGUCAUUAUGAAAGCAGUGGCGUGAACAGGUGCUUUUUGCUGAUAUGGCUUAGCAUGACACCUCGAGAAGAGAACUGAAGGGAAGGGAGGAGAAAGGGAAACGAUGGAAGUAGAAGAAGGAAUUAAAAGAGAUGCAUUGAAUGGUAUUUUUUAAAUGUGUUUUGUUUAAAUAAAAAACAGUGCUUAUGGAAAUAAAAGUGAUAAACAUCAUCUGUUUGGGUUUUUUGACUAUUUCUUUUCGUUCAUCUAUAUAUGUGUGCAACAUUUUAAAAC